UGGAAAUGGAGUCAGACCAAUGUGACAUAAUUGACAGGGCUUUGAUGCACAUCAACACAUUUUUAACAGAGCACAAAAUAUCCAGAGUUGAAUAUGACAAAACAAACUGUAAUGAAGAUUCGAAGGCCGUUACAGAAUCUCUAUUACGAUUGUCAGAAUGUCUUUCAACUUUAGCUGCUGAGCAAAAGAAAAAAGAAGAGGCACUUAGAAAAGUAGAUUCUGCUGUUGUGCAAAUUACUGCAAGUAACCAACAGCUGAAUGAAAGAAUCCGUGCUUUCAUGUCACAUGCACAAAAUGUAGUCGAUGAACAGAAUGUAAAAGAAUUUUGUGAUGUCGGUUCUGCAAGCACAAAUGCAGGAUGUGCAAGGACAAAUGCAUGCUACAAACCCAGAAGUUUUCAUUCAUCACACAUGCAAGUGAGUAAAGCAAUGAAUACAGAAGGUCCACAACUUCGUAUAACAUCACAAGGCUUAUGGAGAGAACCAACGACAAAUAAACCAAUCCCAAGAAAACCACAAACAUUGAAUAUACCUCAACCUGUAGCAGAAAGAUUAGAAAAUUUAGAAUCUCAUUUACAGGUGGAUUCUGGCCAGUCAUCUGAUAUAUAUGGGAGAUUGAAAAACCUGGAAAAUAGAGUUCUCGCAAUUGAAGGUGCAUCACCGGAAUAUUUUGUUGACGCCAAGCAAGAUUCUACGACAGUUUCUGAAAAUAUGUUGGCGAGACAUGGAAAAACUGAUCAAAGGGAUUUCACAUUGCAAGAAAUUGAUGAUAGAAUAAGAAUGUUGAAACAAGAACUUUGUAAUAAGAAAAGAAAACUGGACGAAGGACUGAGCUUGAUAUGAAAACUUAGCUUUGAUGUAGCAUUAUUUGAUUGGAAAUUUAGAUUUGCACAUAAAGCACAGAUUAUAAUGAACUUCCGAGUAAUGUCUUCCAACAUUGCUUCCAAGCGUGGAAAAUUGCAAGUAUAAUGUGCUCAGAUGUUAGAUCCAUCGAUUGUUUUCAGUGACUGAGUUGCCGAACCAGGAGCCCCCCCGCCUCCCUAUUGUAGUUUUUUUUUUAAUAUUGCAAUAAAUUGUCUGUUUCUCUAGAUUCUGAUGUUGAAAUGAUUUUGAAAAAGGACACUUCAAGAUUUUUAGAGUAACAAGGCAUAUUAAGCAGGGGUUCACAACCAGGUAGGAAUUUUGCUGUUUUCGGGGAGGAAAUACAACUUUGUAUAUGGUGUAGUUUUACUGGUAUUAUAGUAACGGAUAUUAAUGCAACAGCAUAAAUUUGGAAAAGCCAUAAUAAACGAGGGUCUUUUAAAGAUUGAAGAAAUAACGGAAACAAUUCUAGGCGCUUCAGAAGUAUAUGUACUGAUAUGGAGGUAACUAAUUUUGUUCGCCUACUUCACAUCAAAUUGUGUAAAGUGACGGAAGCUUAUGGACAGGGAGUAUAUUCACUUGGCUAACACGAACAGUUCCCGAACUCGCAAUAGAACUGAAUAAGAAAAUUCAGAAAUAAAUUAUGGCCUAACCCGGAAAAGGUUGGAAACUUGUGACAUCAUAAGAAUUAGAGAACCCUCUCAUUUUUCAAGAAUAUAUUCUACUUAAUACACGGUA